CAGAAAGUAUGCUUUGGAAGCAAUUCUCAAGGAGAUCAAUUUCACCAUAGAAUAAAGAGAACUUAAAUUAACAAGUUGUACAUAUUUUGUUAUCAAAGAGGUUAUAACUAGAAGGAGAGAUAGCAAAAUUUCAAAUCGAUACCACGAUAACUCUUCACAACUUACAAUCAUUGAAAAUUAUCAAAUACCAAAAUAACUAAAAGUGAAAGCGUUGGAUCCUCUAUUUGAUGAGACUUUAUGGAAAUGUAAUUAAUAAGAUCUAACUUUAAAACUAUUUAAAGAAUCAAUAAUUGAUAAAACAGCAGCAUUUAAAGAAAUAUAUAUAGUAGGAAAAUAAAUUGGCUCUGGAUCCUAUGCAAGUGUUAGAUUAUGCGCUGAUAAAUUAACACUUAAAUCAUAUGCCCUUAAGAUUUACAACAAAUCUGGUAUCUCUUCUAGUCGUUAAAAAUCUAUUCUUCGUGAAAUUCGUAUACUUUAAAUGGUUAAACAUCCAAACAUUAUUAAUGUUUACAAUGUCAUUGAAACUAAUAAUCAUAUAAAUUUACUUUUGGAAUAUAUUGAUGGAAAAUAAUUAAAUACUUUAAAAGGUUAUAAUUUAAAAUAAGCUUUAUAUUAAAUUGCAUCAGCUUUAAAUUAUUUACAUGCUCGACAUAUUACUCAUAGAGAUGUCAAAAUUGAAAACAUACUUUAUUCGGAUGGCUAAGUCAAAUUAAUCGAUUUUGGCUUUUCCACUCUUUUUUCUAAUACAAUUAAAAAAAAGAUUUAUUGUGGUACUCCCAGUUAUAUGGCUCCAGAAAUUGUUACUAAAUAAUACUAUAAAGGACCUCCUGCUGAUAUUUGGGCUUUUGGAAUUGUCAUAUUUUAUUUGACUUAGGGUUAUUUCCCUUUUAAAGGAUAAAAUGAUAAAGAAUUGUUUUAAUUAAUAAUUUAAUGUAAAAUUAAUUUCAAUACCAUUAACGAUAUUUACUUGCAAGAUCUAUUAUAUUAAAUGUUAUAGUUUGAUCCUGAAGAUCGUAUUUCUGCAACUGAAGUAAAUUUAAAAUUUUUAAUUAUUAGAUUCUCCUACAUCCCUGGUUUCUUGAAUAAAUAAAACCAAUUAAAAAUAAUUAAUCCCAAAAAUCAAGUUGUUCAAAAAUACAUUCCCCUAAAUAAAUAAAUCCUUAUUAAUAAUAUUAAUCAACAGUUAAAAAAAAUGAUAAAGCUUCAAUAGAAUAUCAAUUAGAUCAAUCUUAAGUUAGAAAAGCCAUAGUCCAAUCAUAUAUGAGUUCUGUUGCAUCCACUAAAUCACCCAUUUUGAGGAGAAGAGAUUCAGGCAAUCAAACAUUUGAUAGAAGCAGUAAUUCUGUUAUUAAUUAAUAUAAAUGAAUAAAAAUCCUAUUCAUAAAUUAUACAAAUUUGUUAAGUUCCUUUUAAUUAUCAUUAGAAAAAGAGAAAUACCAAAAUUUCCACUUCUCAAAUCGUAAUCUUUUAACUAUAAUAAGUUUCAAGAAUAGAAAUCAAAAAGACGAAACUCAAAUUGCAUAAUGUCUAUAAAAGUAUAACUAUUGUCGAGAAAUGAUAUAAAAAGAAGGGUUUUAAAAAUUUUUAAAGUUUUGUGAAUUCUUAUAUCUAACAAUUCGAAAACCUGGAGAUACUUUACUAAAAAAAGGGGAUUUAGGCUAAAAGUUUUAUAUAAUUCUGAAAGGAACUGUGUCUUUAAUUUAUUACAAUCCAAAAAAUAAAAAAGCAUAAAGAUUAUUAUAGGAUGAAAAAGUAAUAUGUUAUAAUAAAUAAUAGGAUUGUAAUCCAAACUAUGAAGACACAACUUUAUUUUAGAGUUAUGUAUUUAAAGAACUUCAUGUAGGUGAUCACUUUGGAGAUUUAGCCUUAAUUGAUGAAGGAAUAGUAUCUUCAACGAUUGUUUGUAAAACUGAUUGUGAGUUUGCUUGCAUGGAUAAAUAACAUUUUUGGAAAUUUGUAGGUAAAAAUAUUUCGUUGCUUGAUAAAAUUAAAUUAUUAAGACAAUGUUCUCUUUUUGAGGCUUGGACAGAUGGGGAACUUAGGGCCUUAAGUUUUGAAUUUCAUUUUCAAAUAUUUCAUCAUAAUCAAAUUGUAUUUUCUUAAGGAUCUGAAAAUCUUAAUAUAUAUGUAGUUUCAUGUGGAUUUGCAGAAUUAAUGAUGAUUAAAAAUGGACAAUAAUAUUUAAUAUCCAGAAUAGAUUAUGGCUAGGUUUUUGGAGAUGAUCUAUAAAUUAAUUAAAGUACUGUUAAAUGUGGAUCUCCUAAAUUAGAAGUCUAUGCUAUUUAAAAAUGUAGUCAAUUAUAUAAUUGUAGAAAUUAUUUAUAGAUUCUUUGAAUAAAGAUUAGAACUUAAACAUUUAUAUGAAGAAUAAUCGAUCUAAAAAAGGAUUUGGAGAUCAAAACGAUUAGAAUAGUUAAUUUAAAUUGAAUAAAUUAGAAUAUAAAAAGAAUAGCAUUCAAAAAAGUCAAAUUCUAAUGAUAUUUAACAAAUUAACAAUAUAAAAGAAUUAAAAACGGUCUCUGUUUAAACUGGAUGUAUUAGAAGAAUAUCUAAUUAUGCUGAUAAUUUGGAUUUUGAAUAGAAAUAGUUACAAAAUAGGUAAAUCCUAAUAAAAUUCAAUAAAAUAUCUCCAAAUUAAAGUGUGGAAUAUUUAGGAAUAAAUUAACAAAAGAAAAAUAAAGACAUAAAAAAAAAAGAAUAAUAAGAGUAAUAAUAAAUGAUGUCUACAGUCUCAAAAUUAUUGCAAGAAUAUCGUGCUAUUGUUCAUUAAUCAAAACUCAAAAAAAUUAAAUCUUCAAGAAGCCUAAGCUAAAAUUAAUAAGUAUCUUCAUUGUAGUCUCCUAAAUCAAGUAAUGGAAAUACUGGAAUUAAUUUUUUUAUUACUCCAAGAAGAAGAAAACAAUUUUUAGUAUAAGGUAUACCAUUAUAAAAAUGA